AUGGGCUUUCCCCAGAACGAGUAUAUCGAAGAGCACAUCAAACGCCAUGGGCGACGGUUAGACUACUACGAGCGGAAGCGGAAGCGUGAGGCCCGUGCAGCUCACCACUCCUCUUCCGUGGCCCAGAAGAUGUUCGGUCUGAAGGCCAAACUGCUCCAUGCCAGACGACACGCUGAAAAGGUCUCCAUGCGCAAGACCCUCAAGGCGCACGACGCCCGCGCCACGAAAACCCCCACAACCUCCUCCGCACCCACCGACGCCCUCCCCACGUACCUCCUCGACCGCGAGAAGCAGGCCGACGCCAAGGCUCUUUCCACCGCGAUCAAGCAGAAGCGGAAGGACAAGGCGGCGAAGUACGCGGUGCCGCUGCCGAAGGUGCGCGGCAUUGCCGAGGACGAGAUGUUCAAGGUCGUGAAGACGGGGAAGAGCAAGGGGAAGAGCUGGAAGCGGAUGGUGACGAAGGCGACGUUCGUGGGCGAGGGCUUCACGAGGAAACCCGUGAAGAUGGAGAGGUUCAUCAGACCGAUGGCCCUGCGGUACAAGAAGGCCAAUGUUACACAUCCCGACCUCAAAGCUACUUUCCAACUGCAGAUCCUUGGAGUCAAAAAGAAUCCCCAGUCACCAAUGUAUACCCAACUCGGCGUUCUAACAAAAGGCACGGUUAUCGAGGUGAACGUGUCGGAGCUGGGUAUGGUGACCACGGGCGGCAAGGUGGUAUUUGGGAAGUAUGCGCAGAUCACAAACAAUCCAGAGAACGACGGCUGUAUCAAUGCUGUCCUCCUCGAUAAUAUCUUUGCAUGA